GAAAACUGGUAAGGAUAUAAUAAUAACUUCAACAAAUCCAAAAUGGAGUCUAAAGCAUCUGGAGCUUACGGAGCUGGAAUGGCGGGUGGAGCAUUUAAUGUGUUGGCCUUCGUUAAGAAACCGCAAGUGAUCCUUCGAAUAGUUAGUUGGUUUUUCGCCAUCAUCGUUUUUGGUUGCAUUUCCUCACAAGGUUGGGAGGAGGAAGUUUGCAAAUACAACAACGAUAAAAAUGCUUGUGGAUUCGGUACAGCUAUCGGUGUAAUAGCAUUCUUAGGCCUAACCGCAUUCUUAAUUUUCGAUGCUUUAUUCGAGAACUUUAUAAGUUCGGUUCAGCAUAGAAAAUACAUUGUUAUGGCAGAUAUGGGAUUUUCUGGCGUUUGGACUUUCUUUUGGUUCGUAUGCUUUUGCUAUUUAACGGACGCUUGGAGGAAAACUACGAAAGAAGUAGUCUAUGGUGUAUCGGGUGUUCAGGCGGCAAUUGCGUUUUCCUUCUUUUCCAUCGCCAGCUUUGCUGGAAUUACGUUCUUUGCGUUUCAACGCUAUCGUCAAGGAAUAAGUGAAACAUUUGCUUCGCAAUACGAUCAGAGUCAACAAGGAGGACCGGCAGGAGAUAGUGCGGCAUCACCAUAUUCUGGAUAUCCAGCUCCGGUAGGUGAUACCGGCCCUGAUCCUUAUCAACAGCCAACGUUUAAUCAAGAUCAGAAACCUGUUACCGGAGAUUUCCAAGCGCCAGCAUAUUAA